UAGACUGACCCGCUGACCGAACACACAACGGCUCUUUUAAGAGCCACCCAACUCACUAACAGAGCUCUUAUCCCGGCUGUGCGUUUUACCUACAUGUUAACUAAACUCAGUAAUAAAUGUGGUAACCACCAUUAAAACUUAAUUUGUCCACAACAAACACUUUAAGUGCUGGACCACACUUACUCAUUCUUUGAAUUCAGGUGUUGUUUUGAGUCCUAUUUUCCCAGGUGACCAAAAGCGAGCAUCUGCCUUUGCAAAUGGCGUGAGUGGUAUAUCUAUCAUGUUAAGAUUGUAUACUAAUUGCGUGUGACGAAAAUAAAUGGAUAUAUACAUUCAACAUGAGUAACAGAAAUGAAAUAGGGCCAUCCUAUUAAGGUGAGAUGUGCCUAUGUUAAUCCCUCUGUGGAAAUGGUACAGGUUCACACGGGGGUAUGAAAUGCACAUUAAAACGGAAAAUAAUAAAAGGACAAGGAUAGCUAUUUAAUAUGUUUUGUGAAAGUGGGAUGACCGUCUACAUGUGGUUGUAAUUCUUGAAUUAAAUGCUUUAUUUUUUAGUAAACUGCUUAUCGGCAUCUGUCACAUUACAGCAUUUUAAUGACCCAGGAGACAUUUAUUGUAGACAUACUGAUGGAGAGGAGGACUCAGAACAGACUGCUGUUUAUCAUGGAUAAAUACAGAUCAAUACAUUCCAAACACAUCCCACGCUUUCUGUAAAGUCACACCAUGAUCUCCUUAAGCGAGAGGCACUUCCGCAUAGCUACUCUCUGACGCAGAAAAAACAACUAAUAGCAGAGUGGGAACAGCACAGGCCUAUUUGCAUACAAGGGUUUAAGAAAGAGAAGUGCGCCGCCCAACCUCUCACUGUUCGGAAAACUCCGAAAUCGUAACCAUGCCUGAACCACCGAAAAAUCCCGCACCCAAGAAGGGCUCCAAGAAAGCGGUCACCAAGACCACCGGCAAGAAGGACAAGAAGAGGAGAAAGACCAGGAAGGAGAGCUACGCCAUCUACGUGUAUAAGGUGAUGAAGCAGGUGCACCCCGACACCGGCAUCUCCUCCAAGGCCAUGGGCAUCAUGAACUCCUUCGUGAGCGACAUCUUCGAGCGCAUCGCCGGGGAGGCCUCCCGUCUGGCUCACUACAACAAGCGCUCCACCAUCACCUCCAGGGAGAUCCAGACCGCAGUCCGCCUGCUGCUGCCCGGAGAGCUGGCCAAGCACGCCGUGUCUGAGGGCACAAAGGCUGUGACCAAGUACACCAGCUCCAAGUAGACCGUGCUGCCGCUUCUGUUGCAAACCAACGGCUCUUUUAAGAGCCACCCACUAAACCUAAACGUGCUGAAUCCAACUUAGUAGCACCUUCUGUGUUUGUUACCCAUUUGACGGUAACUUGUCAGUUUCCCUAGUUAAUAAAUCGAUUUGAAGGUUUCUUAAUUGUACUUCAUCCUAGUACCUGAUGUCCCCAUACACCUGAAUCAUGCUCAACACGUGCUAUCUUUCAAUUCUGCUGUAGUCAGUGAAUAUUAGGACCAAGUACAUGUUCAUGUAUCUUCAAGACGUUCAGUAACAAGUCUGGCUUCUUCAGCAAUACAAAUCUUGAGAAAUGACACCUAUGAAUUAAAGUGGCGUUACAAUCUUUCAUUAUCAUUUCAAUUAUAAUAAUGUAUAUUGGGACUUUAGAGAAACGUGCUGUUACAAACAGUGCAGUACAUACUAAU